AUGGGUUGCGUGAGGUCGAAGGAAGCUGGUGUCCAAAAGAAGAUAAAAACUGACCCUGACCCCAGCCCUGGCAUCCAGCAGGGCCACUACGUGAGGGACCCUACAGCCGACAACAGGAAGAACAAUAAUGUCCCCAGCAUGGCUGUGUGUCCAUCUGACGAUGGCUCAGGGGACAGUGUUGUGCUGGCACUCUAUGACUACGAGGCAAUGAACACUGGGGACCUCAGCUUCCAGAAAGGAGAGCGGCUGAAGGUGCUGAAUGAGUCAGGGGAUUGGUGGCAAGCAAGGUCACUGGUGAUGGGGCGUGAAGGCUUUAUCCCCAGCAACUAUGUUGCCCGAGCCAACUCGCUGGAGACUGAGGAGUGGUUUUUCAAGGGCAUCAGCCGGAAGGAUGCGGAACGACAGCUCCUUGGCCCUGGGAACAUGAUUGGGUCUUUCAUGAUAAGGGACAGCGAGACGACAAAAGGUUGCUACUCGCUGUCGGUGCGGGACGGGGACGAGCUGCGAGGUGGAGCAGUGAAGCAUUACAAGAUCCGGACUCUGGACAGCGGCGGCUUCUAUGUCUCCCCGCGCAUCAGCUUCGACACGCAGCAGAAGCUGGUCAAGCACUACAAGGGGCAGAGCGAUGGGCUGUGCCAGAAGCUCACCCAGCCGUGCCGCAUGCCCAAACCACAGAAACCCUGGGAGAAGGAUGCCUGGGAGAUCCCUCGGCAGUCACUGAAGCUGGAGAGGAAGCUGGGAGCUGGGCAAUUUGGAGAAGUGUGGAUGGCUACCUACAACAAGCACACCAAGGUGGCAGUGAAGACGAUGAAGCCAGGCAGCAUGUCUGUGGAAGCCUUCCUGGAGGAGGCAAACCUGAUGAAGACACUGCAGCAUGACAAGCUGGUGAAGCUGCACGCGGUGGUCACCAGAGAGGAGCCCAUCUACAUCAUCACUGAGUUCAUGGAGAAAGGGAGUUUGCUGGAUUUCUUGAAGAGCGGGGAGCAAGCUAAGCAGCCGCUCCCAAAGCUGAUUGACUUCUCUGCCCAGAUUGCAGAAGGAAUGGCUUAUAUUGAGAAGAGGAACUACAUCCACAGAGACCUGAGAGCUGCCAACAUCCUAGUGUCAGCAGAGCUGGUGUGCAAGAUUGCAGACUUUGGGCUGGCCAGAGUCAUCGAGGACAGCGAGUACACGGCCCGGGAAGGUGCCAAGUUUCCCAUUAAAUGGACUGCACCAGAAGCCAUCAACUACGGAUCUUUCACUAUAAAAUCCGAUGUCUGGUCCUUUGGGAUUCUCCUGACUGAGAUCAUUACCUACGGACGUAUCCCCUAUCCAGGGAUGUCAAGUGUGGAGGUGAUCAGGGCGCUGGAACAUGGGUACCGGAUGCCGCGCACAGAUAACUGCCCCGAGGAGCUGUACGAGGUUAUGAUGAGGUGCUGGAAGAUCAAACCAGAGGAUCGUCCAACCUUUGAGUACACACAAAGUGUUUUGGAGGAUUUCUUUACUGCAACAGAGGGUCAGUACCAGCAGCAGCCAUAG